AUGGAUAGAGAUAUAGAUGACGAACUUUCACUUCCAAAAGCAACAGUACAAAAACUUGUCUCAGAAAUGAUACCACCUGAUCUUGUUUUUGCAAAAGAAACAAAAGAUCUUUUAAUUGAAUGCUGUGUAGAAUUUGUCCAUCUCGUAUCUUCAGAAGCAAAUGAGAUAUGCGAAAGAGAAGCAAAAAAAACAAUUGCAGCAGAACAUGUAAUCAAAGCUCUUGAAGAACUUGGAUUUCAAAAUUAUAUUGAUGAAAUCCAACAAAUUGUUUCAGAUCAUAAAAAGCAACAAAAGACACGUGAAAAAAAACAAUCUAAACUUGAAACAUCUGGAAUGUCCCAAGAAGAGCUUUUGAGACAGCAAGAAGAACUUCUAAAUAGAGCAAGGGAAAAAUAUAGAAAUUCUUUUGGAUAA